UCUCAUGCAGUAGAGUCAUUUACUCUCCUGCUAGCGUAUGCGAGGCCGCCUUCUUGCUUACCGCGGGUCACCAGCAAGGCUCCGCAGAGCUCAACAGGCCGCAGGCGGACGAGUAAAAGAGGAAAAGGCUCACAGUCUGUUCUCACCAAGUUGUCCUCCACAUACAUGAUCAUACAAAUAUUAUGUCAUGCUAUAUUUGCAGGCAAUAAUGCUCUAACCAGUGUUAUGCGAAGCCGCUCCAGGCCGUUUAGUGGAAGGAUGCGCACGUUUUUAUUAGGGCGAUGAAUUUGGCAUAACAGCGGAAAAUGGGGUUACUAUGCUGCUUCAGUGGCGCGUCGGCGGUGCAGUCCGCAGCGCCAAGGACUGAAAAAAGCACUGCGCUUGCGGUUCCUGCAGCUGCAGCAGCACCGCAGCCAUCUAAACCGCUUUUUGAUACCUUCAAAGCAGAUUCAAUACCAGCGCUACAUGUGCCGGCGUCGGCGCUUGCAAUCGAUGCAGCACUACAUCAGCUGGAGUGUGGGCCCCAGCACGGUGCUUCAUGGUCGGAGAGACUACUUGCAGACCUAUCGAACCUGGGGAAAAGCCUCGGAACGACCAAUACCAGGCUAGUGGUGUUUGCUCGGUCGGCCGGCGCUGCGGCCUCUCCUUAUGGCGCCGGUGGGGGUGCCGGCGUGGGCGGUGGCGGCGGCGGCGGCUGCUCGGUGGCGGGUGUGUUCAGCAGCCCCAGCCAGUCGCGGGCGCCCUGGGAGCACGUGCCUCCUGUGGUGGGCUGGACACGUGCCGGGCCCCUGCACGACCUGCUGGUCACCUCGACCACCGUCUCCUCCGACCUGGCCUCGGCGGUGGUGGUCAACCGCUUCUACGACGCCCACAACGGCCCUGACGCCGCCAGCGUGGUCUCACACACAGUCCUGUCGCCCGCCGCCGCCGCCGCCGCCGAGGCCGCCUCAGCCGCCGCCGCGAGGAAGGCCGAAGCCGCUCAGGCCGCCGCGCCGCCGGCGGACGGGCACGGCCCCACCGCGGGCCUCCGCGCCCUCACCUCCAUCCUGGCGGCGACGCAGCUGCAGCAGUCAGGCACGCCGCCGGACUCGCUGCGGCCGCAUGGGGCACAGGGACAGGCGCAGGGCCAGCAGCAGCAGCAGCAGCAGCAGCAGCAACCCACCACGCUGCUGCAUCUGCGCCCGGGCGACAUGGUAGCCCUGCCUCUGGUGCGGGAGGGGCGGGUGGUGGCGGCGCUACUGCUGGCCUGGAGCGCGGCGGCGGCGGCCAGGGUCAAGCAGGGGCAGCAGGGGCAGCAGCAGCAGCAGCAGCAGGGGCCGACACGCGGUGAUGGCGGCGGCGGCGGCGGCGGUGGUGGUGGUGGCGGCAGCGUGGCGGCUGUUGUGGCGCUGGGGUAUGAGGAGCUGCGGGGGCUGCGGCGUCUGGCGGCGCUGCUGGGCGGGGGCCUGUUUGCGGAGCCCAGUGCCGUGUCGUACAUGGAGCAGGUUGCCCUGCUGCUGGCGGAGGUGAGCGCCGGCGGCCGCAGCGGCCUGCACGACGUGGUGGCGGCGCCGCUGCAGCGACUGCCGGGCAUGCUGCAGACCAGGUUCUUCUGCACCCUGCAGCCGCUGCUGGCCGCGGUGCACGGCUCCCAGCACCCCGCAGUGUUCUUCUCGCGCCGGCCGGGGGUGCCGGCGGGCGGCAGCGGCACAGCCCCACCCAGCGCGUUGCAGACGCCCGUGGCGGCCGCGACCCUCAUCCGCGACGCCUCCGGCAACAGCAACGCCGCCGCCGCCGCCAACGGCACUAGCGGGGCCGCGGUGGGUGGAGGCCCCGGCAGCCCCUUUGCCAAGAGCUCCAACAACAACUCCCUCUUCACCGCCCUCAACAGCGCCGCCGGCUUGCCUGCAGCCGACUCCCGUGCGGGCAGUCGCAAGCCCUCAGCCCGCGACCUCAACGCCCCAGGCCACCCCCAGUCCCUCCACCAGCACACGCAGCUGCCGCAGCUGGGGAGCUUGGCUGUGUCUCCCGCGGGUGGCGCCGCCGGCCCGUCACUGGCAGCGCCGGUGGGCGGCGGCGGCAGCGGCCACAUGAAUCUCCAUCACCAUCUGGCCCAACUGGCUGGGAUCCAAACCACCUCAACCGCCAACAGCAACCAACAAGCCAUGCACUCGACCAUGGACAGCAACAUCAGCGCUUUGCUGAUGAUGUCCCUGCCGGGUAUGGCGGCACAGGGUGGCGGCGGCGGCGUGGGCGCCAGUCGUGUCAAGGCGGUGCGCACCACCCUGGCACACACGCUGCUGCAACGCGCCCUGGCACAGCAGCGGCACGGCACCGCCUCCGGAGCCACAGCCGAUGACGCCGCGCUGUCCGGCCCGGCGGCGGCGGCAGCUGCCGCCGUCCUUGGCGCGGGCCGGCCACCUCCCCAACAGCAGCAACAGCAGCAGCAACAGCAGGGGCAGCCGGUGACCUGCAUGGUGGUUGCUGACGCCAGCAGCCAGGUGCUAGAGGAGGAGCUGCCGGGGCGGGAUGUGCUGCUGGCUGCCAACCUGGUGGCGGCUACUGCCGCCGGCGGGGCUGCAGCCGCAGGCGGUGCUACUGCCGGCGGCACCCUCAGCAACACGCCCACCGGCACCCUGUCUGGCGCAGCCACUGGCAUUGUCGGGGGCGGCGGCGGCGGCGGCUCCGUGGCGUGCCUGGUGCUGCUCGUUGAGGCCACCCCGCGCGGCCUCAGCCUGCAAGCUGCCAUGCACGCCACAGGUGCGGGCGCCGCCGCGGGCAGCACCCCCGUGCGCCCGCACGUGGCCACAACCACCGGCAGCAGCAGCCAGGGUCCGAGGCAGAGCAUGCACGCGCACGUCUCCACCCAACACGGCGGCUUGGCUGGCGGCGGCGGGAGCGGCGGCGUCGGCUCUCUGCUCAGCCUCGUGCCCACCAUGCCGGGUGUCGUGACACCCGGUGGUGGCCGCGGCGGCGCGUGGAGCCAUGUGCCGGUGGCACCUGCGCCGCAGCUCCAGCCGCUGCCGCCGCCGCCGCCCUACCAGAGUGCUCAGAACAACCGCGCCCCAGGCAGCGCUGCGGGCAAUGGCGUGAAGAGCGCUGCGGGUGUGGACCUGCUCUGCGUGUCCAGUGUGGGCGCUGCCGGCGGCGGCAGUGGCUCGGUGGAGGUCGCCCCCACCGCGCCGCUGCCGCCGCCGCUGCUCAUGUCCGCCGCCUCGGCCAACACCGCCGCCAGCACGGCGGCGGCGGCGGCCAUGAUCAGUCAGCAGCUGCUUCCCUUCCGCCUGGCGCUGUACCUGGUGUCAACGGAGCCGCUGCCCAGCGGUGUGUUGGAGGCGGUGGCGGCGGAGAUGCGCGGCCUCAUGCCGCUCGUGUUCGGUGUCAUGCACGACGUGUUGGGCGCGGGCGGCGCCGCCACCUGCGACAUGGUCAGCCUGCAGGGGCAGCUCAUGCCACGUGUCAUCCCGGCCGCCGCAGCCGCCGCCGCCGCCGCUCUGCCACGCACCGUGUCGCUGGACCUCGGCUCGCCACACCCCGGCGCCUCCAGCGGCAGCGGCCUAGCCCUCGGCGGCGGCGGCCACCCCGCCUUUGCGGCGACCAGCAGCGGCAUGGCCGCCGCGGGCAGGAGCGUCGGCGGCAGUGGCGGAGGUGGCGGUGGCGGCGGCAGCACACUCCGCUCGCCCCGCAGCCGCCACCCGCCGUCACACCACUACGUGCCCGCCAACGGCAGUACGGGCGUCAGCGGGACCAUGGGGCGCCGGGGCUCGGGCGCCGGCGUGGCCUUCAACAACCCGGCCCUGGGCAGCACCAGCCGCCUGCGCCUGGCGUCAGCGGGAGCGGGGCAGCCACAUGGCCUGGGUGGCGGCGGCGGCGGCGGCGGCAUCAACGGCGGCGGCUUGGGGCCGCUGCAGGUGGUGGACCCGGCGGCGGCGGCGAUGGGGCGUGCCGGUGUGGGCGACGCGGUUUUGGAGCUAAAUCAGCAUGGUCUGGGCGGCUUGGAGGGCGGCGGGGGCGAGGAGGAGGAGGAGGAGGGCGAGGGGCUGGACGGGCUGCUGUCGUCCAUGCAGGGCGAGGACCUGGACAUGGAAGCAGCCAUGCUGGGUGCCCUGGGCUGCCAGCCCUUCCCCCCCUACAGCCCCGCGGUGGCAGCGCUGAGGGGCAGCGCACCCAGCCUGCCGCUCAUCAUGUCCAGCCCACUGCUGCAGCUGGAGGACGUGGCUGGCCCGCGCCCCCUGGAGCUCAUGGUGAGCAGCGCGCGCAGCCGGCUGAGUGCGGUGAUGGCCACACCCGCCACAGACGUGCGGGAGGAGUCCAGCCUGGCUGUGUCUCAGGACUUGGCGGCAGUGGACCUGUUGGAGGUGGUGGGCAGUGGAGGACAGGGCGUGGUGUUCCGCGGCACGCUGCACGGCCUGGAGACCGCCAUCAAGGUGUGGGAGCACACCGGCCGCGCGCCGCUGGAGCACGGCGGCGAGGGGCUCACGGCCGGCGGCGGCGCCCUCAGCGGUGAGGGCGACGGCGAGGGCGGCGGCAGCGGCAGCGGGCCGGGCGCGGGUGGGCCCAGCGAGGCUGACAAGGCCAAGCAGCAGCAGGAGGAGCAGCUGGCCACGGACUGCAUCCGUCAGGCCAAGCGCGGCGCCAUGGAGGUGGCGGUGACCGCCACACUGAGCCACCCCAACAUCGUCCAGACCUACGCGCACUUCAGCGAUGUGGUGGUGGUGGAGCGCCAGCCGCAGCACCAGCAGCACGGCGCGCCGCCCCCGGCCCCGCCCCCCGGCGCCGCCCCCGCCGCGCCGCAGCUGCGCCUGUGCGCGCACGACGAUCCGGUGUUCCGCGGCCGCAAGGCGGGGCCGCUCAACACCGUGCUGUGCCUGCCUGGCAAUGUGCUCCUCAAGUCCAGUCCCCGUUACCCGCGCGGCUGGACAUGCAAGCUGUCCGACUUCGGCUGUGUGCGGCUGAUGGACGAGCAGGGCACGGACGGAGGCUGCGGCUUCCGCAUGGCGCAGGUGUUUGGCACGGUCGCUUAUCUGUCUCCAGAGUGCUUCCACAAGGGGCGACUGCUGGGCGCGCCCGUGGACGUGUACGCGUUUGGCAUUGUGAUGUGGGAGCUGAUGCACUGCCGUACACCGUACAACGGUGUCGACCCCAAGGAGCUCCCCCGCCUGGUGGUUCGCAGUCACCUGCGGCCCGAGUGCCACCCCCUGGCGCCCGCAGACUACUGCGCUCUGUCCAGCCAGUGCCUGUCCGGCACGCCCGAGCGCCGCCCCACCGCCACCCAGCUGGUGGCGCAGCUGCAGCACAUGCUGGCAGCAGCCCGCGCCGCAGCCGCCAGCCAGCAGCGCGGCGGCGGCCGCGGCGCACUGCCCGCGCAGCUCUCCCAGCCGCUACCGCUGCCGCCACAGCCCCACCCUAACGCAGCCGCCCCGCACCCGCACCCACCGCUGCACCAGCCGCAUCAUAUGCAGCAGCAACAGGCGCAGCCGCAGAGGCCUUUGCCUCAGGUGCCACAGGUGCCGGCAGCGGCGCCGCACCCGUUCCAGCAGCACCCGCAGCGGGCGCAGCCCAGGCGGCUCCCCUCGGCCGGCAGUGUGCUCACCAUGCACCAGCACCAGCCGCUCCCGAACCAUCGCGGCGCGCCGGUUGCCUUAUCGCCUCCGGGCAACAGCGCCCACCGGCAGCAGCUGCUGCAGCAGCAGCAGCAGCAGCAGUACCAUCAGAAGAUGCCGCUUGCAAUGCAGCCAGGCGCCGCUGCCAUGGGCGGCGGCGGCGCAGGCGCUCUGCCCGGCAACGGCCUCAGUGCGGCAGCCAGCAGUUCGGGAUCUGGCUCCGGCACCGCCGCGGCUGCGGCCGCAGCCAUGUACGCCCCGCCACCCGCUGCCAUCGUGCGCGGCGCAAACGGCGCGGUGCGGGCGCACACGGGGGGCGGUGCGGGGCCUGCGGCGGGGCCGGGCCAGGCUCUGCACCCCGCCCUGGCCGCGGCCUUCCUGCGCCCCGGCUCCGGCAACGCCACCGAGGGCCACCGCAACGGCACCUCCGGCGGCGGACCCGCGCAGCACCGCCCGCAGCAGCAGCAGCAGCCGCAGCAGCAGCAGCAGCGGCAGGCUGCCUGGCAAGCGAGUGCGGCUGCUGUGUCGUCAUCGUCGACAGCCGGUGACGGCGAUGGCGCAGCAGCAGCAGCAACAGCAGCAGCAGCAGCAGCGGCAGCAGUCAAUGGCGGCGGCGGUGGCGGCCACCCCGCGGCGGGGCUGCCGCAGUCGCAGGGCGAGGGCCCAGUCAGCGAGCUGACACUGCGCACUGUGGACGCACCUGCUAUGGAGUGAGGUGAUGGGCACAGGCAGCCGCAAUGCAAGGCAUUUGCUGCACCGGGCCGUCAAGAGAGUGCCGUAUCGUGUGGCGGACGGCCAAGAUGGGGUGUCAGAUGUUACAGUGCCGCGGUGCCGUUUACACUCGACGAACCAAGGCGGGAGGAAAGUCGCACCCCUGCAGCGUAGGAGGCGUUGCUAUGUUAUUUUCAGGUAGUGCAGGAGGCUGUGUGCGGCUGUUUGUCUUCGUUUGUGGACCGAUGUCCGGAGAGGGGGUCGUUGCGAUGCGUAAGUGCUCUGAGGCGGGACGCGGUGCGCAGCGGUUUGGUUUGUAUUGGUACAUGUAUGACAUUGAUGAUCGCGAGUUGGGGGUGAUUCAUGCGUCCACUUCGGUGAGCCAUGUGUGAGCUAUCCAAGGCGUGCUCGCCACUUAGCAGUUGUGGGCCCGCAGGGAUGCGGAACAACCGCCGCCGCCGCCAGUCCACUCGGUCGCCGCUGCCGGCGGGCCAUUUGUCGAGGCGUUAGCGCGGCGGCGUGUGUGGGUAGCACCUGUCGGCAUGAGCAUGUUCGUGCCGAUGUCGAUGUCGAUGGCGGUCAGUCCUAGGUCUUAACGGGAAAGCGCCUAUCCAUGGCCAUUCAUGUUUUGGACUCGCCUCGCAUUCUAGAUGUAUACUGCGUCCAACCUGGGUGAACGAGGCGCCGUUACCGCGACCUCUGUCAUCGCCGCUUUGGCGUGAGAGAUAUGUCCUAACGGGACGGGGACGUUUCAGGGCUCACACAAGCCCAUGCACUGGCCUGCGGGAGAUGCCCUUGUGUUGCUCUUCCGAAGCAGUCGCGCAUUGCCCGCAGUCAAGGAGUUCGUAUUGCGUCUGUUAGCGAGCGACAGAGAUUUAGCAGUUGAGUUGGAGGAGUCCCACUGUGGGGAUGCGCAGCGGACGUUCCUUAUUGCGGCGGGUUUGUUUGGUAGCACGGGUCUAUGGGCUAGCUUCUGAGGCGGGUGGGGGUUUGCAACGAAAUUAGAGUUGAACCGACCAAACAGCACAUUCCAUUAGGGCGCCAUGGAUUGAUAGCCUCUUAUGGCAAUCCUAGUGCUGGCACGUGUGCGUGUCAACAUCAGCUUUCAAUGGUUUGCUCGGAAUGGCGCAUGGCCCAGGCGCAUUCAUGUGCUGACAAUCGUCGCGCCACUUGUACACUGACAUACUUAUGAGAUGGCCAGAUGGUGUUCUUAUGGUAUGGGGCUGUCGGGUGGCGACUGCAAUGUUGUAGCUUACGGUAGGGGUAGUUGGGCGACUUGGCCUUUGGUCCACCUGGGCACAGGAGGAGGAGGCGCACAUGUCAUGGCGUGCUCCGGUGUGUGCGGUGAUGUGGGUGUUGUGUUGUGUGGCGGGCGGGUACGUGCAAUAAUGCGCAUAUCAUGGACCGUUGCAGCGGGGGGCAUGUCAGCGCGCUUUCCAAUGGAUGUUAUAUGUGUAUGUAGCGCCCCCGGAGCGAAAUCUUUUGCUUGCGCGUGCGAGACAAAGGCUGGUAGAUGCGCGGCAGCACUGCCGCAUUGCAAUGGUUAUUAACCGGUAAUGGCUUUUGUUCACCUGUGCAUUGCUGAAAGCGGCUAGCUUGCUAGCUGCUCGGCAUGAAACGGUUGCCUGAGAGGACUAAUAGCGACAUGAGGUCUGAUAAUGGAUUAGCAAAUGGCGUAGGAGUCAACAUGCUGGUGCAUGACUCCCGGCGGCUUCCUGCCUGCCGCACCUGAAACCCUAAUGUACUGCAUCAAGGCGUAGAAGGCGAGAGGCCAGGAGAGAGGGUCGACAAAAUCCUAUGCGUUAGGAAACGAAACGUAUUUCCUGCGUGUGUGUGUGUGUGUGUGCGCGCGCGCGUGUGCGUGUAUGUAUGUAUGUAUGUAUGUGUGUGUGUGUGUGUGUGUGUGUGUGUGUGUGUGUGUGUGUGUGUGUGUGUGUGUGUGUGUGCGUGUGUGCGUGUGUGUGUGUGUGUGUGUGCCUGUGAGGCGUCGGAUGAGGACAUGGGGCCCCUCAACAACCGAACCUAAUACGGGGCAAGGUAUGAGGGUCUGGAUGAAGGGCCACUCAUAGGGUCUCCCACUCUGCCAGUGUGGGCGUCGCUGUGGCCUGCUGUUGUGAAGAUGCGAACCUGGAGACGCGGUGUUGUGCUCUUGGCCAUUCGAAUAUUGGGCACUGAGCUGUCACGAUAUGGCGGGUGACCGGACUGGGCACGGUUCGUGUCGGUCAGGGUGCCUUAGGCUUGCGUGUGUGUCAGAGUUGUGGGUCUGAGGCCAGUUGUUUUAGGGCUGUUGCGGAGUGCGGACGUCAUUGGUUGGUGUGCCGUCUCUGUCUGGAGGUGUGGCGAGCUGAGAGCGUCAGCGAGUUUGGGAUAGCGUGUAUCCGGAUAGGGCCAGUUGCGCUUCCGCGAGCCCCACUUGUGGGUCGCCGGUGAGCUCGAGACGGUCUUCUCGCUUUGAGCAGCUUUGAGCUCUCUGAUACUACUUGCCGGUCAGUGAUUCAACUAAUGAGUCAAGCACAAAGCAUUAUUACGAGCAGUCCCAACGGGGACACAUUGCCUGUAACACGCCGAGGUC